CUGGCGCUUGCGCAGUUGCGCGAGGGGGUGCGGCUCUGCCCGCGUGCGCCCCUCUCCUUCCCCUAGCAUGGCUACGUUCUUUGGGGAGGUGGUGACGGCGUUGUCCCGAGCCGGGGUGGACGAGGAGGAGGCGGAGCGCGAGGAAACGCCCGAGGAUCUCGAGAUUCGCAGGGAGCUCGAAAAGAAAAGGUGCCGGCGGCGGUGGGGGAGGGACCUCCUAACGCUCGUCCUGCCCACCGGCUGCAACGCCGUGGCUUUCCUGUCCUCCUUUAUUCUGGAUUCUGUACGUUGGGAAGUAGUUGGAGCUGUCAGUUUGUGGAAUGAGUGGUGCAGGACAUUGGAUGCAACAAAUGUCCUUCCAACAGAUUCCUUCUGUUUAUUCUACCGAUUAAUAUCAGAUCCUACGGUUUUAUUGUGCCAGUGCAAUUGUCAUGUGGCUGAGGAUCAACAAUUUCAGUGGCUUGAAAAGGUUUUUGGCUACAUACAGAAGAAGGACUUACAAGUGAUCAUUCUUUCAACAUGUCCUGUAACUAAUUAUAAAACUCCAGAAUCCACUUUAACACUUCCUUCUCCUUUUCUGAAAGCUUUAAAGACCAAAGAAUUCAAAGACACAAUCUGUUGUCCAUUGCUGGAGCAGCCAAACAUUGUACAGGACCUUCCUGCUGCUGUUCUGAGUUACUGUCAAGUAUGGCAGAUUCCUGCAGUACUGUAUCAGUGCUAUACUGAUGUCAUCAAAUUGGAUACCGUUACAAUCGAAACAUUCAAGCCUGUGCUUUCUUCUAAGAUCAUGGCGAGUUUAGUCAAGGAUGUUCCUGAAAGCACAGAGAUGUUGAAGAAAUUACUGGCAACCAAUGAAAUUCAUAAUAAUAUCUAUACAUAAAAUGGACAUCUACCCGCUGACCAGUACUGUAAAGUCUUAUGUAAUAUGCACUUUUGUAAACUACAGUUGCUUUCAAUGAAAAUAUUUUGGAAUUGUGCUUGUUUACUUAAAGGUGAAAUAAAUACUGACUGAUUUUA